AUGGUUUAUGGUAACGUCAACAAGGCCGAUCUUGUGCCUAACCUUUCUGCUGUAAAACCAAGCAAGAGUAAGAAAUCUGCAACGAAGUCAAACCAGUCAUCCCACCAAUCAAGGGUGGAAUUGCAGCAAAAGAUGUUCGACCUCGAAUUCCAUGUAAGGGAAUUGCAAAUAAAAUUAGAACAACUGAAGAUCGAUAAAGAGAAGAAAGUUCAAGUAAUGAUGGAAAUAGAAGAGGAAGAAGACGAUGACUUAGGCGCAGACAAUUCAAUGCUCAGCGAGAUCCCCCAAGAAAACUCUGAUGUUAAUAUGCAACGGUUUCUCAACUCCAUGCCAGCCAGUGUCCCUCCAACAUCUAAGGCAUCUGCACUACAUGACUUGGUGAACUCAUUCAGGCUGCCACCGGUCCAGAUUGAUCGUUUCAAUGGAGAUCCCCUGAAAUACCCAGUAUGGAUCACUACAUUCGACAACAUGGUAGCAUCCAGAACAACCAGCUCCUCUGACAAACUCAAUCUCCUAGGCCAAUAUCUCGAAGGCGAGCCCUUAGAAAUGAUCAGUGGCUACCUCCUACUGCAAGAUCAGGAGGCUUAUCAAUGCACCAGGGAGAAGUUGGAAUAUUGGUAUGGGGGAGACUCGGUUAUCAGCCGAGCAUUUCUCACUAAGCUCGAAAACUGGCCUAAGCAUGAUGGCAGGGACCCUAUAAGUCUUAGGAGGUUUUCACAUUACUUGGAUGAGCAUGGAUUUGGAUGGAUUACCUGGGCAUCCUAG